AAUGAGGAAGUAAAACCUUCCUAUAGAAUGAGCUCUAACCUGCUCACUGCACUUGUUUGCUCUCAGUUGACAUCAGCCUUGCCAUAAAGCCUCUAAAUACAGGCUGACGACUUCCUUGUGAGCCUGGUACUGCUCUGAAUCCAGCUUCUGGCUCUUGAAUGGUGGGACGAUAUUGCUGGAACGCAGAAAGAGCAGCUGUCAGCUGAUGCCUGUUGGACAAGGCUGGGAAGACAAGAGCACUGGGUUUAAAGGAACGUAAAUGCCUGCUAAGAUGGCACUGGCCAGUUCACUUUCUAGCAAACCAGUACCACCACGCUCAAGAAAAGUUUCUACGGCGGGUGUGGAAGUGCACCAGAGCAAGCUGGAUUUUUUCUGCAAGCUGGGCUAUGGUAAGCAGGACAUCUGCAAAGUGCUGGAGAACCUGGGCCAAGGGGCCCUGGAGGAUGAUGUGCUCAAAGAGCUGAUUCGGAUGGGGAGCAAACCUCAAGCUCUGGAGAGCCAGGCUCAGUCUUCCCCACUAAAACUUGUUGCCCGUGGAUCAUGUAGCACCACACCAGGGUCCAAGUGGCUUGGAGAAGAUGAAGAUGACUCUUCCGAUUACUUGAGACCCAUUGUGAUCGAUGGCAGCAAUGUUGCAAUGAGUCAUGGAAACAAAGAGAUAUUCUCCUGCUGGGGGAUCCAGCUGGCAGUGGAUUGGUUUCGAGAGAGGGGGCACACAUACAUCAAGGUUUUUGUCCCACUCUGGAGAAAGGAGCCCCCUCGACAAGACAGUCCCAUUGCAGAUCAGCACAUUCUUGAAGAGCUCGAAAAGCAAUCGAUCCUUGUGUAUACGCCAUCCCGGAAGGUGAAAGGCAAGAGGGUAGUUUGCUACGAUGAUCGCUACAUAGUGAAAGUUGCUUAUGAGAAAGAUGGAAUCAUUGUUUCCAAUGAUCAUUACCGGGAUCUCCAGAAUGAAAACCCUGAGUGGAAAUGGUUUAUUGAGCAGCGACUACUCAUGUACUCUUUUGUCAGUAACAGGUUUAUGCCUCCUGAUGAUCCACUAGGCCGGCAUGGACCCACUCUUAAUAACUUCCUCAGCAAAAAGCCAGUGCUUCCUGAACCAAAGUGGCAGCCUUGCCCCUACGGUAAAAAAUGCACCUAUGGCAAUAAAUGCAAAUUUUACCACCCAGAGAGACCACAUCAAGCUCAGCUCUCGGUUGCUGAUGAACUCAGGGCCAAAAUCAAGGUCAUGUUAAGCCUGGGGAAAGAGGAGGAGAAGUGCAACCGCUUGCCAUACAGGACCGGAAUAGAGCCUGCACCCUCUGACGCCUGCACAGAAACGCAGCGAGAAGCCAGUGGCUGCGCAGGGGCUUCCUGCUACCCAGGGUGGUCCCAGGGAAGCUGUCCCGAGCAGCCGUCCAGUGCCUGGGCCGGCAGCCCCGGCUCUGACCUGGGGGUGGACCAGAGGUUGCUACAGCCAGAGCUGCUGCGAGACCAGCCGCUCCUGGAGAAGAUGUCAGCGCUAUCCGUUGGUGAUGACACCUACGGCUACAACUGGUCCAUACGUACCUCUCAGGACAGAGAGGUGACGGACAGCCCUCAUCGCUGCGGUGACCUCAGGCACAACCUGUACUCGCUUCAUCACGCCCAUAGCUUGGACCACACCUGCCUACCGGGAUGCCCUUUCCAGCAAAGGGUGCUCCCGCCGGCGCCGGGCAGGAUGCUCCCAGCUCCCAGCUGGCCUCAGGAGUGCUGCAGCAUGCACGGCAUGGGUCAGAGGAGCUGCUACGUCCCUCAUGGUGCUCAGCACAAACAGGCCCUGGAGACUCAGCACCUUGUUUUGCCACAGUCCGCGGCUCUUCCCCCCGACCUGCUUCACUUGUACAGCAAGCAGCAGCAGCACCGUUUCCCCAGCCGGCCCCCACAGCAGCCCUUUCUGUUAGACUCCAGCAACAGACUGGGCUUCUUCCAGAAACCCCAUGCUUACCCUGAUGCCUCUUACAGUGACUGCUGGCCUGCCCCAGCUGCAAGGACACCCUCUGCCCAGCAGGCAAACGUACACAGGGAGCUGUGCUCUCUUUUUCCUUACAGCGAGGUGAACCACGUCAUGGCUUUGUACCCUGAUAUCAAGGAUAUUGCUAGCUUGACUUCACCCAUUCAAAGACACAGAAACUUGUGAAACCAUCCCCAUCAAGCCUUUCCAACAAGCACAAGUCCUGGGGCAAAAAGAUGCUACUCUGAGGCUUAACUAAGUGUUAUUAAAGGGCUUUAUGGUAAGGGUUAUAGCUGUCCCAGGAGCACAAGUCCAAGCAUCAACCAGCUGUGGCGCAUGGGGCAUCAAGUCAGGGCAAAGACUGCUGUUCAUUGUGGUGGGAUCUCAUUCACCUCCCACGGGAGUGAAGGGGAGGGCUCAGGCUAACUGGGCUAUCAGCAUUUGAACCUCACUAAUGACUGGGUUCAGGAUGGCAUAGAACUUCAUUAAUGCCUUGACACACUAGACAUGUUUUUAAAGUCCUGACCUAUCGUUCAACUACCAUAAAAGAACCAUGCUCUGUGGUCCCCAGUAAAGGGCUCUCCACAGACCCCCAUGAAUGCUUGCUCAGCUAGCAUAAAAAGUAAUUAUUUGGCCUAUUUUCCCUAAAACAGGGCUGUGCUCUCUGCUAGAAGGCAUCUUUGGGUCCAUAUUAUUGCCUGAUACAGGCCCAGCCCUGUAUCAGUAAGCUUUCAAAGAUGCAUCUUGAGUUUAUAAACCAAUGGUGUGCACAGACUAGGAGGGGUGGUGGAGGUACACCAGAGUGCUUGAAGAUAGCUGCAGGUACACUUCUCAAGGAUCACGCCCAAUGUAAGUCAAAUCAGGGAAGUCAUCUUCAAUAUAAGUCCU